CCAAUCACCGUCGCUGUUCUUAGAAGGCGGCAUCGGGCGGAGGACUGCUGUUAGUUUGUGCUGUGUUUAUUGUUAAGGUUGUGUGGAUUAGCACUGCGGUACCCAGUCCAUUUUCAUAAUAUCAACAAUAUAGCUUUAUGAUGAGUUAAAGAUGCUCGUCAGACCUGUCCUGAGCUGUCUACUUGGGAUGACAGCUGGUGUUUCCAGUGGCUGACAAAGAAGGAAUUUAUUAAAAUACACAGAACAUGAAUGAAGGAAAGAUGAAAGAAAAACCAUGAUACUGCACCCAAACUGAUACACACCCACUGCCACGGAGUACCUUUAUCUUCUCCCAGCUUUCCCUGGUAAUGGCUAACUCAGUGGCCUUAGUGGUCCAGGCAGAACUCUUACCGUCUCAGUCCACUGCCUCCCUCUCUCCUUUCCCAUCUCUUCUUGGUUCGGGAGAGGAUGGUGAGGAUGACAGGGACAGAGAGGAGCUGGUGGAUGGAGACAAGGGAGUAGUAGAGGGCGAGGAAGAGGUGGUCCUGGACAUGGUGACGUCGUCAGUGUCAGGCCAAGCGCAGCAGCCUGAGCAGUCGGACCAUCCCUUCCAGUGUAUGGACUGUGGCAAGAGCUUCAGGUGGUCGUCCAGGCUGACCCACCACCAGCGGAGCCACAACAAUGAGAGACCAUACCGCUGCAACCUCUGCCCCAAGGCCUUCAAAGGCUCCUCUGCUCUGCUCUACCACCAACGGUCACACUCAGGGGAUAAGCCUUACAAAUGUCAGGACUGUGGCAAAGCCUUCAAACGCUCCUCUCUGCUCCAGGUCCAUCAGAGUGUCCACACUGGAGUGCGUGCCUUCUUGUGCCCCUACUGCCCCCUGACCUUUAAAUGGAGUUCUCAUUACCAAUAUCACCUGCGCCAGCACACUGGAGAGUGUCCAUACCCCUGUGACACCUGCCCCAAGGCCUUCAAGAACUCAAGCAGUCUGCGGCGACACAAGAAUGUCCACCUUGGUCUCAAGCCUUACACGUGUUCAGUGUGUAACAAAUCUUUCACUCAGUCUACCAACCUGAGGCAGCACAUGAGGAUACAUACAGGGGAGAGGCCCUACAUCUGCAGUGAGUGUGGACGAAGCUUCACGCAUUCGUCAAACCUGGCCCUGCACAAGAACUCACACUCCAACUUCAAUGCACGAGGGAAGGAGGGAAAGAGGGGAGACGACGCAAGGAGGAUAAAUGAGGUAGUGCAGGUGGUGGUAGGGGCAGAGGAAGUAACAUCAUCCAUGUUGACUGACAUGGUGGGAUUUGUGAGCCAGGAAGGAACUGAUGGAGUGGGCGUGGGGAUGGAAGAAGUGUUCCUGUCAACCACUUCGUCCAGCCAGAAUCCGAGCCUUCUCCCCCAGCUCACCCUCACCUCCUCUGGGGAGGGCGUGUGCACAUCUAGGGCCAUCGGUACAGAGGUUCACCUGAGCACAGACACCGGGGCCAGUGUGCUGCUUUACAGCUGUGGCAGCUGCAGCCACACCUUUGGCACACGAACAGAUCUAGAGGAUCACCAGGCCAUCCACAUGGCUCCAGACGAUCACGGGGCCGGUGCGGAGGCGGGGCCUGGGGCAGGGAUGGAGGUUGGGGAUGGGCUGGUGGGAGCUGGUCACCUGCUGGCUGAUUUUGAGGAGGUGGUUGAGACUACCACAGUGGCUGAAAAUGGACACACAACAGAGGUGCUCCUUGGACUGACAGAAGGAGCAGAUGGCAGCAAUGCAAGUGUGGGCACCACCCAGGCCCAGUUUGACCUGCUGCAGAGCUUCACCGAGGUGACUCAGAGCCCUGAGACCGUUCAGCCGGAGGCCAGAACCACAUGGGCAGGGCUGUCAUGUGGCUACUGCAAUAAGACCUUCAAGACCAGUGGAGGCCUCAAUAGACAUGUGUCACUGAUGCACUCUCUCUCCUCGCAAUCCCGCUCCCAGUUCAGCUGCUCCGCCUGCGACCGCUCCUUCCCCCUUCUCUCAUCACUCCUCACCCACCAACACUCCCACACCCCUGAGCAACGUCUCCUGGCUGAGGCAGAGGCAGAGAUAGUGUGCCCUCCUUCCCUUUCCCUGUCUCUCCCCCUUCCCUCCUCCCCUAGCCAGGCUGACAAGCAGCAGGAAGGCCAGAGGGAGAUCCAUGUGGACAUCAUAACUGUCGGUGAGGAGCAUGAGGAACAACCGGCCAAAUUAACCAAAGCCCCAAAAAAGACAGGAGCCAACAAGAGCACUCCUGCUGGAGAGAGGCCAUACCGCUGUUCAGAGUGUGGAAAAGCCUUCAAAGGUUCAUCGGGUCUAAAAUACCACAUGAGGGAUCACACUGGGGAAAGGCCCUACCGCUGCACUGAAUGUGGAAAAAGCUUCAAGAGGUCGUCACUGCUUUCAAUUCAUCAGAGGGUACACACAGGUGUUCGGGCAUUCCAGUGCCCUCACUGCCCUCUCACCUUCAAAUGGAGCUCUCACUACCAGUACCACUUGCGGCAGCAUACAGGCGAGAGGCCAUAUGUGUGUAAGGAGUGUGGCAAGUCCUUCAAGAACACAAGCUGCCUUCGUAGACAUGGUCAGAUGCACUCUGGACUGCGGCCUCACACCUGUUCCAUCUGCUCAAAGUCUUUCUCCCAGACGUCAAACCUCAAACAGCAUGAACGCACCCAUUCUGGUGAGAGACCCUUUCAGUGCACACACUGCAAUAAAAGCUUUACACACUCCUCCAACCUCCAGCUCCACCUUCGCACACACUCCUCCAGUAAGGACUUCAAAUGCCCGUACUGCUCUAAGGAGUUUGUGAUGCACUCCUACUUGCAGAGGCACAUCCGUACCCAUGGCAGUGGUGUUCCCCUGCCCUGCCCUGGUGAUGGAAGUAAAGAUGGAGUGGCUGUGAAAGCCAGUCUUGGGGGAGUAACAACCACCACAACCCUGCUCAACCCCAUCACCCUUGAAACAUCAGGAAACCAUGGCAGCCUGAUUGUGUCCCAGCCAGCACUUAAUAUCCCCCCCAACACCUCCCAGAACUACUUUAUGAUUCAGACAGCCAGCGGCCUGCAGCUCAUUCCUCUCUCGUCCCCUCCACCAGCCCCGCCACCACCUCCGCCUCCUCCUCCUCCACCACCUCCGUCCCAGCCCCAAAACUUCUACCUUCUACAGUGCCCCUCUAACAAUGGCAGCCAGUCCAGCUUGAUUCUCGUCCCCACGGCUAACAACCCUCCACCAGCUCUGGAGCCUCAGACCCUCCCUGUGCUUCAGACUAUUCAAGCCAUCCAGCCCGUCCUAAACCAAACACAGACUCAGAUGCCUCAGUUUCCGACCAUAUCACAACAUCAACAGCAGACCAGGAUCAUAAUCACCAACAAUAAUAACAAUGCAAACAUGCCUGUUGCCCCGCCAACACACACGCUCUCAGCCAACUCCCUACUAACCAAGCCUAUAUUAGGGAAAAGCACACGGACAGCACGGGGCAGACGGGGGCGCAAACCAAAAGCUACUCUUCAGAAAUCUGCAGCAGCUCCUGUCAGUCAGACUGCAGGUGGAGCUCUGUCAAUAACAAACUGUAAUGUGACCAGUGUUACAGAGACUAUUACCACAGAGUCGUCCACAGUGUCCUACUGUCCUCUGUCAACAUCUUGCACUGUCCCUCUUCUUUCAUCUUCCACAACUGUAACCCCCACAGUGGACACCUCAAGACCUCCAUCCACUACUACCAUGGUUACAUCAGCCACAGCAUCAGUUUCUAUUCCUGUCCCAGCCAAUCCAGAAAGGAACCCUAAUACCACUGUGGGGCAAAUAAGGACACGGGAGACCAUGACAGGGAAACAGUUUGUGUUAUGUUUUGAUAAUGAAGGACAGGCAAAGGACGGGAUGAAUAUUGAGGAGGGUGGGGAGUCAUACGUGUUGCGGUUUGAAGGGGAGGCAUCAGGAGAGGCAGGGGAUAGAGGAGUGGGUGGGGAAGGAAAAUCACUUGUGCUGCAGUUCGAGACAAAUGGACAAGGUGAAGGAGAAAAGGGUGGAGAUAAGAGAGGGAUGAUGUCACUUCUGCGUGAAUGGGGGGGAGAAAAGCAGGGAGAGGGACAGGCAGGAGAGGAAUGCAGCCAGGGAGAGUCUUAUGUCCUUCAUUUCCACACUGAGGCACAGGACAGCGGUCCAUCCAGUGCUACCUUCAGUCAAGGGCAAGAGACCGGCCUGCAGCUUUCCUGCACACCUACCCAAAGUUUGGUGCCUCUUGAUGGGCAGGAGGUUGUGUUUGAACUUGGGGGUGAGACCAAGAUGGAGCAGGGGACUGAGGAGGGUAUGCAGAUGAUAGCACUGAUAGAAGGUGAAGGGGGGAUGAUGGGAGAAGGAGGGGCAGGUUGUAAUGCUGCAAGUGGUAGUGUUACUGAGGGUGGAGGAGCCAUGGAAAAUAUAUUUCAGCUGGAAAGUGGAGAGGAAAUUGUUAUAAUUGAGGUCAGCACAAGUAGCUUAAGAGAAGGAAGAGAGGAGAGAGGAGGGAAUGGGGAGAUUUCACAAAGUAGUGAGGUGAAAUAUGAGGGUGUAACAGCAGAGACAAAGGAAAAGUCUGCAAGGGAACACGUCUCUACAGACAAUCCACAGGUAUAUACAUCUACUGAAGACCCAAUAAGAAAUGGACCUAUACCUAACCCUAAAGAGAUACAGUUCUCUAACUAAAACCAGUGUGUUUGUUAGAAGAAGAGUGUGUGUGAGCGAAUGCCUCACUAUUUGUGGGCUCAGUGUGUUAGCACUUUAGUCAAUUUGAGUUCUCCUGAAAAUGAGGGAGAACAUGCAGUUAGAUGAGUACUGUCUUGUAAUCCCAUGGUGCCACAUACUAGAAAUGUUAUACAUUCAAAUAGGCUGUACAUGGAUCUUGGAAUAUUCCUAAAUAUAUUAGUUUAAAUGAGACUGUCAUUUGCAGCUUGUUUAUUAAGUAAAUAUGUUUUUGUGAAUAAAUGUUGUACAUGGCCCACUUCCUUCAUAAUGUUAAUAGUAAAAAGUAGCUAAUUAUUAAUAAAUCUGUCAAUACCUUU